GCGCGCCACUGUUGCCUUAGGUCUCAUCUCGCGAUAAUUGAACUCACGCCGCAGACAUCACUGCAUCCUCUCAUGCGUUCUCCUUGCCACAGCGCUUCGCAUUCCUUCAGUAGGAGACUCACUGCAAACGGUACCGUCGUUUGCUUACAUCCGUUGUCCUCAACAUGGACUAUCAAAAGCGUUACGGCCCGGCAGACGAAGAACCAGACGAGGAUGAGGAGGAGCUCGAUGAUUCUAGCUACAAAACCAUCAAAGAUGCCGUGCUCUUCGCCAUUGACGUCAGUCCAACCAUGCUGGAACGUCCACCCAAAUCCGAGGACAAGAAAGCCGACCGGGACUCGGCAACAUCAGCUGCUCUCAAAUGUGCAUAUCAAUUGAUGCAGCAGCGCAUCAUUUCCAAUCCAAAUGACAUGAUGGGCAUCUUGCUGUUUGGGACCCAGAAGACCGAUCUGGGCGAUGGCGACACAACAUUUCAGCAUUGCUACUUACUCUCGGAUCUAGACGUACCUUCGGCACAGGAUGUCAGGCGGUUAAGAGACCUAGUCGAGAAUGAAGAGGAAGCGGCUGAGCUGUUGAAGCCCUCAGAUAAGCCAGCUAGCAUUGCUACGGUUCUCUUCUGUGCAAACCAGAUAUUCACUACAAAGGCGCCCAACUUCUCGUCAAGGCGGCUGUUUUUGGUAACGGAUAAUGAUUAUCCUGCAAAAACGAAGCAAGAUAAGGACACGGCGGUUACAAGAGCGAGAGACUUAUACGAUCUGGGAUGCACAAUUGAUCUCUUCCCUAUCUCGAGACCAGGCCACGGCUUCGACCGCACGCGCUUCUAUAAUGACCUCGUUUAUCCCUCGUCCCCCUCCGAUCCUGACGCCCCCGUCCUCCCCUCUUCCACCGCCUCCCUUACCAAGUCCUCUGAUGGCCUCACCCUCCUCAAACAAUUGCUCUCCAGCAUAAACUCAAAAGCCACCCCUCGCCGCGCGCUCUUCAGCCUCCCGCUUGAAUUGGGACCGGGCUUCCGCAUCGGCGUCAAAGGUUUCAUCCUUAUCAAACGUCAAGAACAUGUCAAAUCCUGCUAUGUCUGGGUUGGCGGCGAGAAGCUGCAGGUUGCAACGCUAUCUACGUCGCGACUCGCUGACGAUACGGCACGUGUGGUUGAAAAAGGCGAAAUCCGCAAAGCGUACAGGUUCGGAGGCGAGGCGGUUACAUUCACGACAGAGGAAUUUGUGAAGAUAAGACAAUGCUUCGGCGAUCCUAUCAUCCGAAUCAUCGGCUUCAAGCCGCUCAGUAUGCUUCCCAUCUGGGCGAAUAUCACGAAGGCGACUUUCAUCUACCCCUCAGAGGCGGACUUCAUCGGCUCGACGCGCGUCUUCUCAGCGCUACAACAAAAGCUGCUGAAGAGCAAGAAGAUGGCCGUAGCGUGGUUUAUCGCCCGCCGCAAUGCCGCCCCCGUCAUCACCGCCAUUAUACCAGGGCAAGAACGCCUCGACCCCGAGACAGGCGAGCAAACCAUGCCACCAGGCCUAUGGCUAGUCCCUCUUCCCUUCGCAGACGAUAUCCGUAAACCCGUGGUGAUGGAAGACGCAUACAAAACGACAGAGGAGCUAACAGACGACAUGCGCAAAGUCGUCGAGAACUUGCAGCUCCCUGGAGGCGUGUACGAUCCCUCCAGGUAUCCGAAUCCGGACCUCCAGUGGUUCUACCGGAUUUUGCAGGCUAUGGCGCUGGAGGAGGAACUUCCCGAGAAGCCGGAGGACAGGACGAUUCCUAAAUACAGGCAGAUUGACAAACGGUGCUCGGAGCUGCUGAAGGCGUUCGGAGAGGAAUUCGACGAGGUGUACAAUGCCCUAGUAUUACACACUAAACCCGACAGUCACAAGGGUGCGAAGGGAACGACGGCAGGGAAGAAGCGUAGUGCCCGGCCGAUGGUGGACAACGAAGAAGAAGAGGAGAUUGAGAGGGGAGGGAAGCCUGCGAAAAAGAGAGUCAAGACGGAGCCAAAGGCGUCACAGUCUCAGAAGAAAGAUAUCGGAGGGCAAGGCCUGAGUGACGAGCAAAUGGCUGAGUUAAAUGACAGAGGGCAAAUCAGCAAACAGACGGUUGCGCAUCUGAAGGACUUCCUCCAGGCCCGGGGAUUGUCUUCAUCUGGUCUGAAGGCGCAACUGAUAGAGAGGGUGCAGGAUUAUUUGCAAGGAAAAGGCUUGUAGGCUUUUGAAAAGGGUCGGUUCUUCUGUGCGUUAUGGAUCACAGAUCGGACGGUAUUUGGCGCAGGUACUGUAGGCUCUAGGGCUGCUACGACGAAAUGCAUCCUCUUUAGAUCAAGCGUGGCUGAGCAGUUCUCUUCCCCGUUACAAAGGAU